UGACCGUGGAGGGUUAAUUUUUAGGUAUCAUCACUAAUAAAUAAAACCAAAAGGGAGGGAAGUGAAAACUUGAAAGGGGGUAAAAGUUAGAGGCUUCCAGACCUGAAUUUGUUGAAUGUCACCCUACUCUACUAUAAUGGCCAUGGGGGAAGUAAGAACUGUCUCAAAAUGUUACCUUUCCCCUGAAGAUUGGCCUGAUUUCCCUUUCUCCUCGAAUCAGCUGUGCUCUCUCCCUCCUUCAAAUGUCCGUACCUCUUUACUCGUAUUUCUCCUAGGCCACCUCACCUAACUUACCUUGUGUGAGAGCCAGUCAUGCUCCUGAUUGCCUCUACCAUCCCAUAUAGAAGAUCAGAGAGGCUACCCUGUAAUUCCAAAUGCAUCGAUAUUCCUUUGCAAUAUCUUAAAUGACUUAAUUCAGGACCUCAUCAUUGCUUAUAUGGGAAACUACAAAAAUCCUGUAACUGGCCUUCCUGCUUCCAGCCUUGCUUCCCUCCCUCAUCUUUCAACUAGUUAGCAAUACACAACAUGGAAUUCAAUUCAAAAGGAAAAAUCCAAUCAGGCCAUUCUCCUCCUAAAGAAGAAAAAGAAGAAGGAGAAGAAGAAGAAGAAGACCUCAGAUCUCCCCUUUUCUGUGGGAUAAAGGCCAAGGUCCUAGGCUUGGCAUGCAUGGCCCAGUAAGAUCUGCCCCAGCCUAACCUUGUAGACCAACCUCAAACUUCACGCAAACAGGAGGGGGUGGCUUGUGCAUCAUUAUUGACACUAGGCUGCUUCUCCCCAGCUGUAACUGCCUCUCUUCCUCCCUAGUUGUCUCAUUUGGCCCAACCCAACCCAUCCUGCCUUUCCCUCCUCUCCCCCAACCUUUCUCACUCCUUUUAGGAGCUGCAUUGAUGGUUGUGCUUGCAACAUUGCACUGUGGGUCUCUGAUGAAGUGGAAGCUUCCUGAGAACAAAGACUGGGUUGUUAACAUCUUCACAGGUGCAGAAUUUACCGAAGCGCCCAGCACAUAGCAGUACUAAAAAAAUGAUUCGGUGGGUGGAUGGAGUGGGAAUAUGCCUGAAACUGUGGCCCAAAGCACACCAGUUUAUUGUUGGCCCAUCUAGAUGUAGCCUUGACCUAGAAAUCUGUUGUCUUCGAUGAGCUCCUCUUUGUAUGUUCUUGUCUUCCAGGAUUAGGUAGGAUUGAGUAGGUCUGGGUUCAGUGGCACCUGUUAGAUUUAGGUAUUUACUCGCCAUCCUUGGUGCCAGGCCCAUCUUGGGCAAAUGAAGACACACUUAAAUGUCACAUGAUGGCUGCUGAUACUCAUUGAGCACUUAUUAUGUACCAGGUAUUGUUCUAAGUGCUUGAUGUGAAUGAGUUCAUUCAACCCACACAGCCUGAUGGGGUACAUAUUAUUAGUAUCUCUGUUUUACAGAGGAGGGUCAGUAACUUCUCUAAGAUCACCAAGCUAUUGAAAACAGAACCUGCAUACCAACCUGGGCAGCCUGGCUCAAGAGACCAUCGUCAUUACUACCACCUUGUAUCUCCCCACAUUCAUGUUGACCCUUUUUCCCAAGGGGGAAGGAAAGGGAGGCAUUAAGAAGAGAACAUUUCUGCUUGAUUUUUUUUAUUUAUCCGGUUUACUACAUGACCUAAUGAUGCACAUUUAGCCAGGAUGAGGCCCAUCUUUUCUUAUUUUCAUCCGUAUACGCUUACUUACCCAUAAAGAUCACUCACUUUUCUCACCCAGAUUCGAAUGAUUAGCAAAGAACCAUAUGAUGCAAACGGUUUUGCUCUUUGCAAGCCAUCUGUGUUUCCCAUUGUGCUGCAAACCACACCAUUGGCUUCCUCUUUACCUUUGUAGCGAGAGCACAGCGUUUGUCACUCAGUGUCUGAGCAACUUCAGUGACACCACGAGGAAAGGUCUGUACUGGGCCAAAUGGCACACAUCCCACAUGUGGCAUCUUUCUUUCUCUUUCUGACUAAGCUCAGCCUUGGCCAGAGGGAGGUAACCAUCCAGAAAGGACCACUGUUUCGGGUCGCGGGCUACCCUAUCAGCAUUGGCUGCAAUGUCACGGGCUACCAGGGACCUGCUGAGCAGAAUUUCCAGUGGUCUGUUUACCUGCCUAAAACCCCGAAACAAGAAAUCCAGAUCGUUAGCACCAAGGAUGCCAGCUUCUCUUAUGUGGUGUACGCACAGCGGGUGCGAAGCGGGGAGAUCUAUGUGGAGAGGGUCCGGGGCAACUCAGUCUUCUUGCACAUCUCAGAGCCCCAGCUGAAGGAUUCUGGCGAGUAUGAGUGUCACACACCGAACACGGAUGAAAGAUACUAUGGCAAUUACAGCGCGAAGACUAGGCUAAUUGUUAUUCCAGAUACCCUCUCUGCCACCAUGAGUUCCCAAACUCUCAGUAAGGAGGAAGGUGAAUCAUUAGAACUGACCUGCGAAGCAGCCAAAGCCUCAGCUCAGCACACUCACCUUUCUGUCACGUGGUACCUGAUGCAGGACGGAGAAAGAAACCAAAUCACUGAGAUUAUUUCCCUCUCCAAAGAUUUCCUGUUGAUCCCUGGGCCCUCGUAUACAGAGAGGUUUGCGGCUGGUGAUGUCCAGCUCAGCAAGCUUGGGGUUGCCACCUUCAGGCUGUCCAUAGGGAGCCUCCAGCCCUCAGAUCAAGGCCAGCUGUUCUGUGAGGCCACCGAAUGGAUAAAGGAUCCAGACGAAACCUGGACUUCAAUCGCGAGAAAGCGGACAGCUCAAACCGCUCUGAGGAUCCAACCCAUAGUGAGAGAUUUUCACAUCAACAUUUCAGCUGAGAGCGCAUGGACUGCAGGGAAUUCCUUAGAACUGGUCUGCCUGGUUGUAGGUGGUGGCCGGGACCCAUGGCUUCAGGGCAUUUGGUUCUUCAAUGGUAAUGAGAUGGCCCGCAUGGACGCUGGGGGUGUUCUGGACCUGAAGGGAGACUACAGAGAGAGAGCAAGUCAAGGACAGCUCCAGGUUUCAAAGAUAAGCCCCAAAGCUUUCUAUCUCAAGAUCUUCUCUGUGGGACCCGAGGACGAAGGCACCUACAGCUGCGCCGUGGCAGAGGUGGCAAGAGCUCCGAUGGGCUCCUGGCAGGUGCUUCAGAGCAAGCAGUCCCCAGACAGCCGCGUGCAUCUGAGGAAGCCAGCAGCAAGAAAUGUGGUCUUAUCCACCAAGAACAAGCGGGAAGCCAUGUGGGAAGGAGAGACAUUAACGCUUCUUUGCAAGGUAGAUGGGGCUGUGAGUCUCCUGUCCGUGGAAUGGUGGCACCUCCCACAAGGCCAGGCACAGCCGGAGUUGGUGGCCAGUAUGCAACAAGAUGGUGCCGUGCAGCUGGGGGCCUCCUACAAGCAACUCAACAACCGGGGCGCCAUGAGGCUGGAGAAAAUGGACUGGGCCACCUUCCAGCUGGAGAUCAGCCCCACCAGCAUCACAGACAGCGGUGUGUACGAGUGCCGAGUGUCUGAGGGCACCCAGAGCCACUCCAGAGGUCGGAGCUGGACUCAGAAGUUGGCAGUCACUGUCAAGUCUCUGGAGUCAAGUUUACGGGUUAAGCUGAUGAGCCGUCAGCCCAAAGUAGAAUUAGGCAAGACCUUUGGCUUGUCCUGCGUAGUGGAGGCUGACUACGCCAACCUCAGGGUGCCACUCACUGUGACGUGGCUGUUCCAGCCAUCGAGAUCUCAAGUCUUUCAUCUACUUGUUCGAGUCACCCAUAAUGGCACUAUUGAGUGGGGGGAAGACCUAGCUCAGUUCCAAAAGAAGACAAACGUUCUCCAGUCCUCGUUUCAUUCUCAACUCCUCAUCCAUGAUGCCACUGAGGAAGAAGCAGGAGUCUAUCAGUGUAAAGUCGAAGUUUAUGUCAGAAAUUCCCUAUGCACAAGCAGCCCCGCAAGAGCUUCUGCCAUCUCUCACUCACUGAUGAUAGCCAUCGCUCUACCAGAGAGCAAGCUGCAAGUGAACUCAAGCAGUCAAGUCCGAGAGAUCCUCAUCAACUCCAACACCAACAUAGAAUGUAGCAUCUUGUCCCAGUCCACUGGAGACCUUCAGUUAGCCGUCAUUUGGUACUUCUUUCCCAGUUCCACUAACGCAAUCUGGCUGAGGAUCCUGCAAAUGGACCAAACCAAUGUUGUAAAAUAUGGGGAUGAAUUUCACACCCCAAGGAGAAAACAAAAAUUCUACCCCGAGAAAGUUUCCCGAGACUUGUUUCAGCUACACAUUUUGAAUGUGGAAGACAGCGAUCAGGGCAAGUACCACUGCACUGUGGAGGAAUGGCUCUUGUCUACAAAUGGCACUUGGCACAAGCUUGGAGAAAAGAAGUCGGGUCUGACAGAAUUGAAACUCAGGCCCACAGGAAGUAAAGUACGUGUGUCCAAAGAGUACAGGACAGAGAAUGCUACCGAGCACAGCCAGGUGGCCAUCCGCUGCAGCCUGGAGAGUCCUGGCAGCUCAGCUUCCCUGUUCUCUGUGAUGUGGUACCGGAACAGGGAAAAUUCUGGAACGAAAAUGCUGGUGCACCUGCAGCAUGAUGGCUUGCUGGAGUAUGGCGAAGAGGAGCUCAGGAGGCCUCUGGUCUGCUACCGUUCAUCCUCUACAGAGUUUGUCCUGCAGCUUCAUUGGGUAGAGAUGGAGGAUGCUGGGCUUUACUGGUGCAGAGUGGCCGAGUGGCAGCUGCAUGGCAACCCAAGCAAGUGGGUCAAGCAAGCCUCAGACGAGUCACAGCAUAUGGUGCUCACAGUGCUGCCUUCAGAGCCCACACUUCCUUCCAGGAUCUGCUCAUCGACAUCUUUACUCUAUUUCCUGUUGGCCAUCCCCUGCAUUCUGUUGAUUCUUCUGCUUAUUGCUCUCUUCUGCUACUGCCACAAGGCCAGGAAGUUGUCGGCAAUGAUUCUAAAAGCACAGAAAGAAAAGUCCCUUUGGAUGGACUUGAAAGGGACUGGAGACUGGACAAUAAACCAGAGGGACGAGGAAGAGGAAGACCAUUGAAUCCGGAGAGCGUCCAUCAGCCCCAGGGAAAGGGCGGGCUUUGGAAUUGAACUGAGCCGCUUGUGAAUGUGAAUGAAUCCAGGUUGGGUCCUUCUUGGUGUCUAUGACCUUGGGCAAGUUACCUAGGAAUCAUAGGGAAUGUUCAUGGAGCGUGUUUGUGGGACCCACACCACGAAGUGUUUCUUUGCGUGUUGCCCUCAUUACCCCUUGUAUCCUCCCAGGAGCUAGACAAUUCACCCUGUUUUUCACUGGCAGUACCUCACAGAGGUUCAGGGCCCCUGUCUGUAAGGAGAGAACCUCCCUCACACAGCCUCUUGGGUAUUCGGUGAGAUCCUACAGCAAAGCCUCGGUGAGAGGACCCUCUACCUUUCCCUCCCUUAUGUCGCUGACUCCCAGGAGAGCACUCCGAGUGGCCCAGUCACGCUGGCCCUUGGGCAUCCUUUGCCCCCAGAUUACAGGUGCAGGAAGGGCCCUGAUGUCAGCAAGGCAAAAGGGUAUUAGGGAUGUGCCCUUCAUUCAUAUUCCAUCUGUCUUGCAAGAAGCCGCUCUGGGCCUGUUGGAGCCAGAACUGGAAAUCGAUCAGUGCAGCCUAACAGACUUGAGAAAACCCAUCUAUUUAUUAUCUAUAUGACCAACGGGGUUGCUUUAACACUCGCUAAUUUGCAUUUCCAAGGAGAGCAAUUUAUUUUUAAUUAUUUUAUCAAGCACACAUGUCUUCUCCAAACAUAAUUAGUUCCUUUGCAAGGGGAGCAUCGGAGGCUAUGAGAACUCCCAGUGUAGACCUCCAUGUCCCUUCUGCUCAUCUCCCUUUACUGGCUCAUUUAAAAUAUCCCAAGUGUUUCCUUAAAUGUGUCAAUGCAUUUGUCUCUUUUCUCAAAGGGAGGGUGGCAUAUUUUUCAGAAAACAAAGCUAAAGGUAAGACUUCUUAGAAAGUGUGAUGUCCCCUGCCCCCCCAAACCUGUAUUUUAAUUGGGAUUUUGAAGGAAAAGGGAGCAGAAUCGAAACCCAUCAGAUAAUGAGAACGGAUUCUAGUGCUGCCUUCUGCCUGGGGUCCUCUCUCCCCUGACUCUUUCCCUCUCUGCUCACCUGGGUCCCGCCUUUCGGCUCAGAGCUCACCAGCUGUUUCUUCACCUUUGGAUCCAGCCCAGACAAGGCACUAGAGCAGACACGCAGAUGUCCAACUGCGCCACCCAGAGCCAAGCUUGGGACCGCUUAUUCCCCAGGGAGCACCACCUUGUGCCCGGCCUGGGAUAGGUGUGAGGAAUCCAGUGGGGAUGCAGCCAGACACAGCUCUAGUCCCCUGGGAUCAUCAUCUUGUGUCUUCCGGAUCCUGUGCCUUCAUACAGCACGCUACAUGUUCUCAGAAGCCACGUUGCACUCUUUGGCCCAUCACGAAUUUUUAGGCAACUAAACCCCAAAGUCGUCUUUUCUCUUUUCCAAACUGAAUAAAAUUUGUGUUCACCCAAA